UUUCAAGGUCCCGAAGUGAAGCAGUCACAUAUCCUAUCAUGAGGGCGACCGCUUCCUACCAAAUUUACAACACACUCUAUUUAUAAAUCUACUUCUACACACAGGUGUAGGUGUAUGAACACAUGCAUUCUUCCCGAAAUCAAAACCCUAGAAACCACCAGAUCGUCCUUUCACAAUUCAAAACUCAAAAUCUAUGAUCGUCAUUACCAAUCACCAGAACCUAAUCGAACUCCCGUCCACGAUAACUGAAAGCGAUGUAUAAGAACCAGCUGCAAGAGUUAGCGCAGAGGAGCUGCUUCAAUCUACCCUCGUAUACGUGCAUAAGAGAAGGUCCAGAUCACGCGCCGCGGUUCAAAGCCACGGUUAAUUUCAACGGCGAGACGUAUGAAAGCCCUAAUUACUGCACGAUCUUGCGCCAGGCCGAACACUCUGCAGCUGAGGUUGCUCUUAAUGAACUUGCGUCUCAAGGUCCUUCUAAUUCCUUGGCUGCUAGGAUUCUGGAUGAGACAGGGGUAUACAAGAAUCUUUUGCAAGAGGUUUCUCAAAGAGUAGGGGCGUCUUUACCGACAUACACAACAACUAGAUCGGGCCUAGGGCAUUUGCCUGUUUUCACCUGCACUGUAGAAUUAGCUGGCUGUAUAUUUACUGGAGAACCCGCCAAAAAUAAGAAACAAGCUGAAAAGAAUGCUGCCAUGUCAGCUUGGUCAUCUCUAAAACUUUUAACACAGCAAUCUGAAAGCUUGCCAUUGCAAAAAGGAAACACUGAGGAGCAGGAGCAUGUUACCGUGGCGCGCGCGUUACAGAAAUUCAGAUUAAAGGCAAGAAUGUCUAAUAUACCCUUUCCAAUCCGUUUUCCGGUGCCAAAACCGAAAACACUUACCGGCCAACCGCCACCAACCACCACCUCAAAAAUCCUUCCAUUAAUAUGCCCCAAAAUGGGACCCAGUAGGCGUCACCUAACCACAUUAUCGAACGCACCCCAAACAUGCAUAAAAACACCUCAAAAGCAAGAUCCAGUCACCCCUGCCGGUGAUCCGCCACAACCACGCCAGCACAAGUUUCCGGCGGUCGGAGCGGCACCAUACAUCCCUGUUCGGCACUUCAGGGCUCGCCAUGGGGUUGCUCCUCCAGUGACUAUACGCAACUCGAUUCCUGUUUUCUCUGCCCCACCGCUACCGGCUAAUCACCUUCCUCCACAGUUUGGGUUGCCGCCACCUAUGUGUGGUGGUGUAGCACCUCCAGUCACCAUUAGACACGCGGUUCCAGUUUUUUCUGCAGUUACCAAGCCUGUGACAAGCUCCAUAACACCAAAUGAAGUAAAAAAGAAUACUAGUUCUCAUGAGGACUCCAAGUCUCCAAUCGAGCCACUUGCGAUGUCAUCAUCAACAACGGAAGAUAAAGGGAGCGUUGUGGCAGCAAUUUCUGCCAGCCUGCCGGUUCCUGAUGAAGAGGCCGACGAAUUGGUAGAGACAGCAUUGAAGGGGCUAGAAAUUUGAGGAGGAAGGUGGUGUUUAAGGAUUUUGUAGGGUCAUUUGUGUUGUUCAACUUAAAAUGUAGGUGUUUGGUGUAUUCAUGUCUAAUAUGUAUUUUGGGAAUAGUAAUUGAGCUCCAGUUGGUUGGUUCAAAGAGAACUGGAAUUUGUAGGGUUUAUUUUUGAAACAUGAACACUGUGAGCAAGGCAUUGAAUAUGAUAACUUUUGUGGUA